CUUUUAAAUGAUCAAUGAUAUCAUGUUUUAAGAAAAUCAAGUUUUCAAAAAAUCACAAAAAUAUUAUAUUGUAUAAAUAUGAUAUUUUUUAAAAAUAAUAUUUUUUAAGAUCAUGCUUUAUGAAGAUCACAUUUUAUGAAAAUUAUAUUUUCUGAAGAUCAUGUGAUGUGAAGAUUAUGUUUUGUGAAGAUCAUAUUUUAGGAAGAUUAUAUUUUCUGAAGAUCAAGAUUAUAUUUUCUGAAAAUCAUUUUUUAAAGAUCAUAUUUUUUGAAAAUCAUAAUUUGUGAAGAUCAUAUUUUGUGAAGUUCAUGUCUUGUAAAGAUUAUAUUUUGUGAAGAUCCUGUUUUGUAAAUAUCAUGUUUUAUGAAGAUUGUAUUUUCUGAAGAUGGAGUUCUAUGAAGUUUUGCAAGGAAAAGGCUGUACCAAAUGAUGACAAAAUUUCAAAGCAUUUAGCGAGUUUAGAUUUAGGAACACGAAAAAUUGAAAAUUCUCAACAGUUUUUUUCAUGGUUUUCUCAAGUUCAAACUCAGAUGGAGGAAAAUAAAGAAGCUAACUAUAGAAUAUAUUUAGAAACCCUGACAAAUUAUAUUAACAAAUGUGAUGAAAUUUUGAAAGAAGUUAUUCAAGUAAAUAGCCAUUUAGAUGUUCUAGAAAAACAACAUAAAUUUGUUUCUGAGCAGACACAUGCCCUUCAUGAUGCUUGUGAACAUUCACUUCAAGAUCAGAGUAAUUUGAUGGAUCAAGCUGAGGAGAUCUCAUUUCAUCUAUCAUUUUUUAAUUCAUACGAAGUUAUAAAAAAUAAAUUGACAAGUUCAACAAUAUCAGUGACAAGCGAAUCAUUCAUUCCUUUACUUAAAAAAAUCGAUGAAGCAAUUGAAUAUGUUGAAAAUCAUCAAGACUUUAAAGAAUCUACUUUAUAUGCUGCACGAUUUAAACAGUGUCUCAGUCAAGCAUUGAGUCUUAUAAAACAGUAUGUUACUAACAUACUUAGAAAUGCCUCAAAUAAAGCUUUAGCUGUAAUAAAAAAGGAAAAUGACCCAUUGCUGAGUUUUAGUGACAGCUCAUUUGCUUUAUUGUAUGGCAAGUUUAAAACACAAGCUAUGAGGGUCAAGUGUAUUAUGGAGCAAAUCGAACUGCGAUCAAAGAAGAGCACAGAAUACAACUCACUCAUUUCUGAUUGUCAGCAGUGUUAUCUUGAAUACAGAUGGCAAUUAAUUUCUCCGUUUGUAACCGAAACCAUUCGUCAGCUAGAGCAGCAUCAUUCAAGAAAUCCAUGUACAUUGUUUCGUUCUGGAUGUUCAUUUAUGGUGCAUGUGUGUUGCGAUGAAUACCAACUAUAUCAUGAAUUUUUUACAGAAGGAAAACAAAAUUUAGAUACAUUGAUGGAAAAUCUCUGUGGAAUAUUGUACGAAACAUUCCGGCCAUUCAUUAUUCAAAUGACUCAUAUGGAAACUUUAGCAGAACUUUGCAACAUUUUAAAGGUUGAGAUGUUAGAAGAGCAUGUUCAACGAAAAGGUGAUCAAUUGACUUCUUUUCAAGUAAUACUUUUAGAAAUGCUUGAAGAUGUUCAAGAAAGACUUGUAUAUCGUACACAGGCCUACAUAAGCAAAGACAUUGCUAGAUACACUCCAUCGUCUGGUGAUCUUGCUUACCCAGAUAAGUUAAUGAUUAAUCUGGGAAGUAUAGACUGUGAAAAAGAUGAGAAAUACAAUAACUAUCGAAAUGAAAAUCAGACUGCUGUUGUCGAUCUUCAAGCUAUGUGGUAUCCUACAGUUAGAAGAACAUUGGUUUGCUUGUCAAAACUCUACAAUUGUAUUGGUAAACCAACAUUUGAAGGAAUAGCACAAGAAGCUCUUUCUUCUUGUAUACAAACACUUAAGUAUGCAAGUAAAGAAAUUUCUAACAAAAAGGGAUCUUUAAAUGGUCAUUUAUUUCUUAUCAAACAUCUCUUAAUCAUUCGCGAGCAGAUAUCACCCUUUGAUGUAGACUUUGCAAUUAAAGAAGUAUCGUUAGACUUUUCUAAGUUUCGCACUGCAGCCUAUGGUUUGUUUUCGAAAGGAACUCAACUUCUGAGAAUCAGUUCAAGUAAUGCUGUUCUUGAAUUUCUUUUAGAGGGUGUACCUCAACUUACUGAAUAUUACAUUGAUUCAAAGAAGGAGGUAGAUUCUGAAUUAAAAAUUGUUUGUGAGCAAUUUAUCACCGAUGUUACAGAAUCAUAUAUAUCUCCUCUUACCAGUUUACUUGACAAAAUUGACACAGUCUUAAAGAUGGCAGAAGCAGAUGGAAAAGAUUCUAAACAACUUUUAAAGCAACAACCUUUUGCUAAAGCAGAUGCAGUCCGUAGAGUAGUUAGUGAAACAUACAUGAUGCUGAAAUCAAAACUUCCUGCAACAUUGCAAAGUCUUACAUUAUAUCUAGCCAAUAAAGACACUGAAUACAUAUUAUUUAAACCAAUAAAAUCAAAGGUUCUUCGUGCUUACAAGCAACUGUCAAUUCUUGUACAUCAGUAUUAUAAUGAAGAGGAUGAACAAAUUAUUGGCUGCCCAACUCAAGAACAAGUUUCUUUGCUCAUGUCUUUUCAAUGAACGGUGUUUAGAAUCAAGUUAAAGGUGUUGAAUUAAAAGCGAACAGCUUAGUAUUUAUCAUUAAAAAUGUAUGAAACA